UCCACAUGCCUAGAGCACAGAAAUCUACAAAACCAAGACACGAUCCCCUCCUCGCCCAGAUCCAUGAGGAUGAGCUCAUCGCAAAGUAUGGACGCGUGUCUCAACCAGGAAAACGAAACAAGUCGCGCAAGAGCAGAUCAGACGACGAAGGCGGCGAGGUGAUUCUUGACCCAAAAACAUCUCGUAAAAUAUUCCAACUCGCUCGCGAUCAACAAGACGAGCUAGAGGUCCCAGACGACGAAGUGGAGGAUGCCCCAGCACAUGCGGACACAAGACUGCAGCCCCGAUCGCGACCAGAUGACGCUUUGUCCGAGGACAGUGAGGAAGGGGAAGCCAUGGAAGACAUGAGCGACAUGGGCGACGCAGAGGACAUGUUUCAACUGGACUCCGUGGACAUGCAAACGCUGGAUACUCUUCUUCCCACCAACAUAGGAGAACGACGGACAUUGGCAGACGUGAUCUUCUCCAAACUCGAAAGCGGGAAGCAGCCAGAUGGCGUGGCUGUCGUGCAAAAAGUACAACAAGAUAAAGAGUGUCCCGACCCUGCCCUUGGACUUGACCCUAGGCUGGUCGAAGCAUAUUCAAAAUUGGCCGUCUUCUUGCAUGGAUACAGAUCCGGUCCUCUUCCAAAACUCUUCAAAGUCAUACCCACUCUUCCCGCGUGGGCUCGAAUAUUGGCUUUGACCAAACCGGAAGAUUGGAGUCCCCAUGCAUGUCGAGCUGCCACAAGAAUUUUCGUCUCUACCAUGAAGCCUCCGCAGGCUCAGUUAUUCCUAUCUGUCGUCUUGCUUGACGCCAUACGAGAAGACAUACAGAGCAACAAAAAGCUCAAUGUGCAAUAUUAUGAAGCGCUGAAGCGUGCAUUGUACAAGCCUGGUGCCUUCUUUAAGGGAGUUGUAUUUCCUAUGCUCGAGAGUGGGUGUACGCUCAAAGAGGCUGCCAUUGUAGCAUCUAUUAUCGCUAAAAAGAAGGUGCCCGUCCUUCAUUCAGCUGCAGCAUUGCUGCGGAUCGCCCAAAUGGACUAUACAGGUCCAAACUCUUUGUUCAUCCGAGUGCUCGUAGACAAGAAAUAUCAAUUACCGUACAAGGUUGUCGAUGCGCUCGUGUUCCACUUCAUUAGGUUAUCAAAUACGUACAAAGCUCGCUCUCGCGGCGAUAGCGAAAAACUUCCGGUCUUGUGGCACCAGAGUCUGCUCGCGUUCUGUCAGAGGUACUCUCCCGACCUUACACCGGAUCAAAAGGACGCGCUGUUGGACGUCGUCCGGGCGAACCCUCACGCACAAAUUGGUCCAGAAGUACGGAGAGAAUUGAUUAAUUCCGUUGCAAGAGGCGAGCCACGUCCUGAUCAAGACGUAGAGAUGUCAUAACAACGCGUUAUCUCCCCCCCAUUUCCUACCAUAUUUUUGUUUUGCUGUCGCAAUUCUGGAGCUAACUGCGAAUUCAUGUGUGGGGGACCCAUUUAUCAGUUCAGUGAGGCGUAUAACCUGGUAAGUACUCGUACUUAAUUUCCGCGCACUUUUUGUACAGGACUCCCCGGGGUCUACCUAAACUUCUGUAGUGAUAUGUAUGUACUUGCCUUAUUCCGACCAUCCGACCUAAACUUGGUGCAUGGUCCAAGUCAAGCGCCG